AUGGAGAAGAUUCUUGUAACCAUCUCAACUGGAGCUGCAUCCAUUGCAGUUUUGGCUGUUCUUUUCACUGUUCCAUCUCUCUACAAUACCAUCAACGAAGUUCAUGAUCAAGUUCUUGAUGGAGUUUCCGUUUUCCGUGUUGAAACCGAUUCUGCUUGGACCGAGAUGAUGGACAUUCAGGUUACUGUCACUCCACCAACUAAGCCACGUGUCAAUCCAUUCAACUCUGUCUUCCGUCAAAAGCGUCAAACUUUCUCUGGACUUCCAGCUUGGUGCCAGUGUGAGCCAACUAAGCCAACUUGCCCACCAGGACCACCAGGACCACCAGGCCAGCCAGGAGCACCAGGAGUCCCAGGAGCUCCAGGACCAAGAGGGGGCGACAGCACUGUUACCUAUGCUCCAAUCAACUGCCCACAAGUUUCAUUCGAUUGCAUUAAGUGCCCAGCAGGACCAGCCGGACCAGCUGGAUCAUCCGGACCAGCAGGACCAGCAGGACCAUCUGGACAACCAGGAACUCCAGGACAACGUGGAAACGAUGGAUUCCCAGGAGCUCCAGGAGCACCAGGAGACAAUGGUCAACCAGGAUUCCCAGGACAAGAUGGAGCUCCAGGACAACCAGGAGCCGAUGGACAACGUGGAGCUGGAACUCCAGGAGCACCAGGAGCUCCAGGAAAUGCUGGACCAGCUGGACCAUCUGGACAAGAUGGAUUCCCAGGACAAGAUGGAGCACCAGGAUCAGCUGGACCAGCCGGACAAGACGGAUUCCCAGGAAACAAUGGAUCCGAUGGACAACCAGGAGCUCCAGGAGGACCAGGACUUCCAGGAAACGAUGCCGCUUAUUGUGCCUGCCCACCAAGAUCCGCUGUUUUCCUUUCCCGUCAUUAAAAUGGUUUUUCUCAAUUCUUGUCAUAUUUCUUUUAAACGUACAAAAUAAACAAUUUAAACAAACUA